ACUUCCAACUUUCAAGUCUUUCAACUUAUUUGAAAAAUGGGGUAGUUCAGAAAUCACAUUUAUUACAUCUACCAUCAGCUGCCUCUUUGUCAAAACCUCAAUCCAUUGUCAAACUCAAAUCCUGCCUGUCCAAUGUUUUGUUUUAGUCAUAAUGCUAGUUAACCGAAAAUCUUUGACGUAGAAUAACAAAAAUCUACAGGAAUGAUACAUUGAGUACUUAAAGAGUUUGAAGAUAAUGGAGAGCGAAAAUAGUAAUGGAAAUACCCAAAUGGUUCAAAGCAAAAAGGAUAAUUUGCUUGGACAGUUGGAAAUUUCAGUGUCGGAAUCUGAAAAACGAGCCAAUGGGACCCUCAACAUAAGGGAUUAUUUCACUGUUUACUCUGUUGAAGUCAAGGUUACAAAUCCUGAUUUGUUAAACAGUAGGAAACUCGUCAAAUUAACAUCAGUAUGGAGGAGAUACACAGAGUUUGAACAGCUCCGAAAGUAUCUAGUAACGACAUACCCAUAUAUUGUGGUGCCACCAUUACCAGAAAAAAGGGUAAUGUUUGGAUGGCAAAAAACCUCUACAGAUACAUUUGAUCCGAAUUUUGUGGAUAGAAGGAGAGCUGGUCUUGAAAAUUUUUUACUUAGAGUUGCUGCUCACCCUAUACUUGGAUGGGACAUACAAUAUUUAGAAUUUCUCCAAAAUGAGGAAGGAUGGAGAGAAUCUCACAAGAGCAAUGGAUAUUUGCAUGCUGUCGAGAGCACAUUUAAGAACCUCUCCAUAUCUGUACGAACAAAAAAGAGAGUUGGUGAAUUUGAAGUUUUAAAGGAAUACAGCAAUACUCUUCACACAAAUCUGAACAAUCUCUUGAAAGCUAGGGCUAGAAUAGCAGAGAAACAAUACACAAUACACAAAUUACAUGCUAACUAUGGAAGAGUAUUUAGUGAAUGGAGUGUUGUAGAGAGAGAUAUGGGAGAUGCUUUACAGAAAACUGGUCAUUAUUUGGACUCUCUGGCGUCUUCAAUAGAUGGUACACUAGAAGAUGAAGAGAUAUUAAUUGACCAGUUGAAGGAAUAUCUGUUCUUCGCCAAUUCUCUCCAACAAGUUUGCAGACAUCAUGAUAUGUUACAACUACAAUUGGAAUCAGCCGAAGAAAAUGUUUACAAUAAAAAUACAGAACGUGAAAAAGCUCAACAAGGUAAAAUCAGCCUUAUAUCAAAACUUUUUGGUUCUGUAGAUACAGAGGAACUCAGAGAAGCCAAAGUAAGCUUUCUAGAUCAACAAAUUCAGGAAGGUUCUAGUGUUGUAGUGAAGAAUAAAGAAAAUUUAAGAGAGUUUACAGAUAAAGCUUUGGAAGAUAUAAACAGGUUCCAAAAACAGAAGCUUCUAGAUCUCAAGGACAUACUUGCUAGCUAUGCAUUUUUGCAAUUGAAGGCAACCAAAAAGAAUCUGCAAACUUGGACUCAAGUGAGAGAUUGUCUACAAAACUUAACCUAAAAAAUUUUAAAGCAAUAUAUUAUAUGUAUGGAAUCGAGUUUCAAACGACAACUGUUGACACAUAAGCGUUAUCAAUUCACUGCUUGAAGUUUACCAGUCUCCAACAUUGAAAAAAAAAAUUAUCACAAAUAUAUUCACUAUAAUAGAUUCCAGGCAAUUAAUUUUAUAAAUUGAUUGUACUUUUCAGUGCCAUGAAUAUUGAACUCGCACAUUCCCCAAUAAAAUUAAAUAUACUUUUGAUAUUCUUGGAAGCUGCUUAUAUUCAGUAUUUUUCAACACCUUGUGUUGACUAUAUCGAAAGAUCGUGCUAUAUUGGGAUCAAAAUCGCUGCUUUCAUAUCAAAUAUUCGAUAUCAUCAAUAGAAUUUAUUUUUUCUUUGUGGAACAUUCAUCAAAUUCUAAUAAUUUUAUUAUGCUCAAGGCCUGUUAUACUUGACAAGUAGGAAAUUAAUCAUAUCACCCACUUGCUCAUUCUGCCAAAGAUAUUUAUUUGGAACAUUUGUUGACAUUUUCAGAUAUUACAUAUUAUGUUUUUUCAAAUUGUAAAUUUUUAUUUCAUAUUUGUUUAUUUUAAUGUUUAAUUUUUUUUAUGGGAAAUUACUCUGUAUAAAUUAACUCUUAUGCCAUUAAAAUAUAGCACAUUCACAUU